AUGUCGACAUAUAAUCCAUUCGCUAGGCGAGAGUCGCACGACCGGUUCUCACUUGGAACCUAUCGCGUCCUCGUUCCCUUGUCGUGGCUGCUCGUCGUGGUCGUCGGCAUCUACUAUUCCUCCCAUGCCCCCGAUGUCAAGCACGGCCAUACCAUCUGGAAGCAAGCCAACAAGCAUAUUACUCCGUUUAGCUUGAGCACGGUUAUCUCUGGUAUUUACUGGAUCAUAACGCUCCUGUCUCAAAUCGGCUUUGUCUACCAUCUUUUCUCCAAUGACGCGGUGACGGCCACCGCUGCCGCCAAUGUAGGGUCGCACUUCAUUCUGAACAAUCUAUUCAUCUUUGCCUGGAUCCUUCUAUGGACUCGCAACCAUUUCUGGGGAUCGGAAAUCAUCCUGAUUGCGCACUUCCUGAACCAAAAGACGACCUACUGGCGGCAUCGUACACUGCCACCUCUUGCGCAUUUUGCCGCUGUCGCAGCGCCCUAUGCCUGGACUCUGAUCACUCUCUUCUGGAACGGAGCAGUUGCUGUGAACAGCAACAGCCUGCCAGCGAGGAUUGUUGCUAAUGUGUUCAUUUGGGUGCUUUUCGCAUUGGGUUCUACGCACAUCCUGUCUACUCAGGAUGACAUUCUGGGUUACAGUCUGAGUCUCUUGACGCUGGCAUUGGCCGUCAAGCAGUUUGGCGUCAAGAUUAUCUCCCUGCAGUGGAUCUUUGCCAUUGUGAUCUUUGCUGUCUUCUUCGCCGAGUCUCUCUAUAUCUCUUUGACAAAGUACUCUGGGCGCAACAUCUUCUUCCGCAGGUCUGGACAGCCGGCAGCGGUGACCGAUCGCGAGAGGGAGCCGUUGCUCAACGAUUCGACCCAGCCAGCCCAAACUGCCUAGUUGAGAGUAUGCGCCAAACGCCACUUGUGCGCUUGUCAGAAAGCAGGUGGUUUUGCAUACACAGGGUGUCACUGAACAGUGAGUCGGUCGAGCUUAAUUCCAGAGUCUCUUUUCGGGUCUUAGUGGGGGUUGUCCAUCAAUAAUAUUGUUGUGCUCGGAUAGUACUGCAACUAAUUUACUGCUGUAAGACUGGAGGAGUUCUGAGUUCUUAUUUACGGAACGUCGGUAGGGAUUUUAAAAUUGUUUGAUGUAAUAUGGCGGUGAUGGAUCUUGUGAGAUCGAUGGAAACAUUGUUAGUGUCGUUGGGGAAAUGAUUUGUUUACUCUGUUCAUCAGCAUUCUAUAUUUAUUAUCAUGAUCAAGCUACAAGCGAGCCACAGCUUGAAUACAUCGUAUCCGGGUACACGAGAGUGGCAUCGGCUGUAGUAAUAGUGUUUUCGAC